UCCGGUGUAGUUGCGAAAAGGCAGGAAAACAAAAUAAACUUUUAGCUUUUGUUGAAAAACUUACUUUGCGGUUAUGGAGCUGUAGAACGGACUUUAGAUUAAUGUAAUCGGUCGGAUUUAAUACAGUUAUUUAUCACCGUUAACCGCUGUAACUUUAGCUUAUGGUUUAUCUGUAGAACAGGGUGACUUUUCUCCUGGUUAGUCAGUAAUCUGUUAGCUGGGGUUAAGAGAGAUAAGGGCUAAGAACUGGGAAAACUGGGAGCAUGGUGCGCUGGGGAGCUGUGGUACGCAGACACUGCGCUGCUCAGUUCAGGCAGCGGCUCUCCUCUCCCCCUCACUGCGUCCCCAACACCGCCUGGAGCUCCGCGUGGAGCAGCUUAAGAGGUCUCCAUGUAACGAGCAGUGUUCAUACAUACGAUGUACGAAAAGUGGAGCUCACACCUCUUGAACAGAGGAAACUCACCUUCGACAGUCAUGCAGUGGUGAAGGAACUGGAAUCUAAUGGGUUUGAAAAGAAGCAAGCAGAGGUGAUUGUCACAGCACUGGUGACUCUUACGACGGCCAACAUGGACAUUGUGUAUAGAGAUAUGGUUACAGGAGCUCAUCAGGAAAUUGCCCUUCAACAAAUCAUGGCACAUCUUGAUUCUAUUAGGAAGGACAUGGUUAUUCUUGAAAAGAGUGAAUUUGCCAGUUUGCGUUCAGAAAAUGCUAAAAUGAAAACUGAACUUGAACAGAUCAAGAACAGAUUGUUUGACGAAAGUCAAAAGAUUCGAGCUGAUGCCAAAUUGGAUAUUAAUCUUGAGCGCAGCAGGGUUACAGACAUGUUUACAGAGCAGGAGAAGAAUCUAAUGGAGGUUAACUCUGAGUUCAACAAGAAGACUGGGGAAAUUGAAAGCAGCACUGUAGAUACAACCAAGAAAAUAGACAUUGAAGUGGCUUCAUUGAAAACCCUUCUGGAAUCACUUAAACUUCAGACUGUGCGAUAUCUUGCAGCAUGCAUCUUCUCCUGUUUGGUCCUUUCUUUGGGUUUUUGGCGUUUAUGGAAGUAAAAAAAAAACUGCAAACACAAAAUGACCUCUUGCAUAUUUUUGCCUUGCAAUUUAUUUGUGAUAACUUGAAGCAGCUCUUUUUAUCAGAUUUCUUCAUCUAAUAUUUAGACUUCACUCCAAGAAACCUACAAUCUAUAUUGUCUUCCAUUGAAAGUUUUUUUUUUUUGUCAUUAAACUCUUUAUAAAGCUGCCACUUUGAAGAUACAAAGCUUUUGCAUGACUGUGAACAAUGAAAAUUCUAAUAUGAACAACAUAUAUGUAUCCAUAUCUUUACUGUACAACAGUUGUUUGGUCAGUCAGGCGUUUAACACAAUAUAACCAGAUAUGAGCGUCUGUUCUGUCCAGUUUUCACUAUGCAUAUUUUUUUUCUUUUUUGUUUUGCAAACUUGAAUAAAGUGCCUUUGUAUGUAAA